UUAGUUCCAAGCGAGAUCAUAGCACGAGGACCAAAAGCGCAGAAUGCGUAUGAAAAUGCUUUGAAGACAGGAAAAGUGAAUGUGUACCGAGCCCGAAUUAUGCUGAUAGGUCAAGAUCGCUCGGGAAAGACAAGUUUGAAGAAAUCCUUCUUAGGUCUGCCAUUUGACCCUGACGAAGAUAGUACUGACGGAAUUGAAGUUGACCCAUCCAAAUUCGAAGUCCAUAUCGAUCAAGUAAAGAACUGGAAACGCACGGAUGAAAAGCUAGGUGUGUCUCAGUUCGCUUCCAAACUUGCAAAGAUGGCGGCUAGAAGUAUCCAAAAAGAUGAGGACGAAAAAGAAGAAGGUGAGGAAAACAAUUACGAGGAGAACAAUAUAGACGAAGAUGACGAGGACAAGGACAAAGAAGAAGAAGAAGCAAAGGUGGAUCGAGUUCUACACACAAACAAACAGACAGAAAUGGGUCAGGUAGGUGAUCGAAAAGAAACCCAAAUUGAAACAAACAAACAAUAAAAGCAUGCAAAUAGAAUAUCUCGUACCGUAACAUACCACUAGCCUCCUCCACAGGCAACUCCUAUUAUAACGGUUCCCUCACCGUUCACUCCCCACUCUCACGCUUGGUCUCUGAAACAGGACUGUGAAGCCUUCGGAGGAGGCUAACAUACCACAUAAUCAAAAUUCGCUGGCAAGUGCAAAUUAGCUACUGUGGACUAGCACGGGAAUCAUCAAAGCCCUUCUGGAUUAUUAUUGCAUCUUUUAUAUGUGUAAAUAAAAAAGUAAAUAUACAGUUAUAAAAGUACUUUUGUUUUGAUUUAUCAUAUUUACUAACCUUGUAGUUUGGUUUUGACGCUCCUGGAGAACCUCAGGUGUUAAAGCAAGCAGUGGUAAACACACAAAUGAAUCAGGUCAGUUUGGUUGUAGCCUUACUAAUAAUGUAAAGAUUCAGAUAAGUUGGGUUUCAGUUUUACAUUUCACUAACCUUUCCAGAAUCUAUAGGAAAAUAACUUCACUGAGAUAAGUCUUUAGAAAGGGCAGGAGGAAAGAAGGAAAUUUUUGUGCUUUUGCAGAUCCAGUUUUUGUUUUUAUGCGAUUUUCUAGACAGGAGAACUUGUUUCUCCUGUUCUGGGGAAGGUUUAACUAAGUUAUAAGGCUUCCUUUUAUCAAGACGUUCGUCUAACACGUCAGUACAUAAGGGCGAAACAGGCGCCCUAGCUUCAGGGUAUUAACGCUCUGCUAGAAAAAAACACUCGCCUACCUGGGACAACUUUCUGUUUGCUUUUAAACCGUUCACACAUGAAGCGCCCGUAGCCGCCUGGUUGGACCUCAUACCACUUGUGACGUCAUCCGUUUUAACGGUCAUAGACAACUGUGGUACCUAACUUGUGCAGGAGAAAGAAAUCUUUCAAAUCAUACCCGAACAAGCACGUUUCAGUCAAAUGGGCAAGAGAAACACAACAACAAUAGCAACACGCAAUACAGUUGACCGUUGAAUUCCAAUGAAAAUCGCCCUUUACUUUCACGAUCCUGGGGGAUCUUACGGAAACUUUCUCUACCGAAAUGAAGCCUUGUCAAUUCCCAGCAAAGGGAAAAAGACGGGGGAGGGAAAGGGAAAAUGCGGGAAGGAGAGGAAGCGAAAGAUGAGGAGGCGGUGUCGCUUUUUGCCUUCUGUGCGUGUAAGAACGUUGGAAGUUGUGAUUGUGCUUGACGAACCAAAGCCAGCGUGGUGCUCGACUGGUUAACAACGUUCCGGGUAGUUUUGGUUCUUUUUGUUCGGUGGUGACCUGAAAAAGGCUCGACUAGCUUUUAACGGCGUUUUGUUUUAGGUGUAAGGUCACAGCUGAUUUUGAAGGUCCAAAGACGAGACUGGAACAGGUGUAACAAUAGAGCAUUUCUCUUUCAAGCUCUCACAGCGUACUGUAAGGCUUUCAGUUUUUGAGGAUUUAAACUGAGAUGAUGACUUCACGCAGUACGUCGGGUUGUAAAUCUGAUCUCAAGGCGUCUCAGUUGAAGUCUCAAGUCACUAGAAUAGCUUAUUUCAUGAUUCACACCUUUUCGUUUGUUAUUCAACAACUUUUAUUUAACGUACAACCCUCUUGAUGACCUAGCAGGGAAGAGUGGGGCUGAUGAAUUGAAUUCAUAACUAUUAAUUAGGGAUUUCUCUGUAUAAAUCCCUCGUUUGAGGGAUUUAUACAGAUAAAUCCCUCGACUGAGGGAUUUUAUACAAACAAACCCAAAAGCGAAAACGAUAAUGGAAAUAAAUUCUCAUAAUAGUUCUCGUUGCAAAUAAUUGCAAUGCAACUUUGCUGUUUCUGACGACAUAAAAUUCCUCCUUUAGACCAACAAUUUAAGAGCGACGGUCAGGAAAUAUCGACCAUCGAGUGGCAAGAGUUGAAAAAUCGAUUUCCUUCGUUUCUUGCCCAUACACAGCUUUUAGGUAGAUAAGUAAUCUGAUGUAAGUUGUUCUCGCAAAAAGUCUUUUAUUUUCGAGAAAAGUAAGAAUAUCAGUUGUCGUUGUCGGAGUCUCAAAAUGGCCGUAUUUUCAACCCGAAAUUUGCCAACAUCAACAGGCCUACUCUGGGACCUUAACUCGCCUUAACUCGCCCUAACUCGCGACUUGAGAUUAUGUUCAAAUUCCCUUAUCUCGCCUUAACUCGCAUUAUCUCGCACAAACUCGCCCAAUCUCGCCACUGCCAAGUGGAUACCAAUUUUAAUAUCUCAUCCUACUCUCAGUGCAAUUUCACAAUUACUCCAUAAAGGGAAGACGCCAAAGAAUACAAAUUUCAAAAGUUUAAAAGAUAGUGAUUUUUAAGGAAAACAGGGUUUUUACCUUUAAAAAAAUAUGUAAUUGACCAAUCCCAUCCUUCUGGAAUUUCCAAUAGCCUCUGUGGUAAGGGUAUUUCACCACUAAAGAUUCGAUGAGGUUUUUUCUUACUUAACAUUGUCAUGCCUUGGAGUCACAACUGGACUGUCCAUGGAACUACCAGGAACAGCCUGAACAUGCACUAACUCGUUGCCUAAUGAAAAGGCUUCAAUGCUAAGCAUGGCAGAAAUUCCAGAGGCAUGGGGUCACGGGGUCUAACAAAUCCCACAUUCACUGUUUGUGUUUUGGUCCACAAAGUAAGUGACAUUAAAUAAAAGCACUAACAGUGAAUCCACGAAAAAGUUUUCAUAAAAUAGUUUAAGUUUUAGUCUUACACUUCUACGCAAGACAAAGAAACACUCUAAAUUCAAGAUUGCUUUGAAUCUCUCAAUUGAAGAAAAAAAUAUUCUCCUAUGAUUUGUUUCUAAUUUUUGGCUUAAAAUAAGAAAUCUCGAAUUUAGAGUGAAAUACGAAAACAUAACACCAGAAUAUCAAAUUUUUAGUUUUAAGCUGGCUAAUGAUUUACAAAAAAAGUUUACUUGUAAUGGAAAGUUUAAUUACUUUGCAAAUAUAAUGCAUCCAAGCUGUUUAUGACAUAUGAAGAGUAGUAGCUUACGUAUCAUCUUAUAAUCUGAUGAAGCUUAAUGAGGAUUCCAGCUGACAAUCAUCAAUGAAAGGCUAGGAUGUAGCCAUAAUCGAGAAUCCUUUAAAUAGUCCACAUACUGAUUGCAGUCCAUAUUUCUUAUAAAUAAUUCUUAUAAAUAUUUACCUCGUAAUAGAAGAUCUGUACAUUGGUUCAACGUGACAUCCUGUAUGGCCUACAUUGUAUUCAGACUGGCAACCAUAACCCAGGCAUGAUUCAGAAGACUUGUUACAUUUAGCCCUUAACUGAAUAAAGGAUUGCUAAAGGUACAAUAUUUUGCAUCGAUAGCCAACUUCGUUCGCCAUCUUUGAAAUUACCCAGAAGAUACUGGUAACUCGUGUCUUCCCAGGGCCCUCUCGCUCAGCCUAUUGUCCUCGAUAUGCUUUCUGGGUAAUUUUCAAGAUGGACGGGAAAACUUCUGAAGAAAAGGAGGAGAACUCGUGCAAAACUUUUGAUGUUAAAUCGAGAAGUUUCAAAAUGUAUCACAUGCAGGUAAGCUAAGCUAAAGCCUUUUACCCUUGCAACGUUAACUCUAUAAAAGCCUUGUUGAUCCCAGUCCACUGGCAAGUUUUAGGUUGGAAGCUUCAAUGUGGCGUACGUGACAUAAAAACACGCACAAAACGCCUGAGCCGGUGAUCAUUUUGUAAAAAUGCGAAGCAGGAAAGUCAGGAAAGAUUCAUCAGUGACAACUCUUAAGAGUUUGGAAGACAAAGCCGAUAGUAGAGAGUGUUUUCUUGUUAAUCAAGUUAAAUAAGGUAUAGUCCUCUGCACAACUAUUAACACUUUCUGACAUUUUGUAAAAAAUAAGUAAGCCAAAACAGAAAAUAUGGUCAUUUAUUUUUUGCUGUUUUGCUAGGCUAAGAAUGAUCAAGAGUUUACUAUCAAGUUAACUUGAUCCUCCUUUCUUUUGUAGAAAUCAAGGUGUCUCUCACAGGAUUGUCCAAGUUUAAGGAGGGAGUUUCUAAAAUAUGGGAACUGCUGUCUUUGCGAAAAGGCAUCAGCCUUCAUUUGCAAGAAAUUAGAAUAGAUUAUCCGAGGAAACGAAAAGGCAAUCAUUUCUGGCAGUGAAAACAAACAAUUGAGCUGGACUCCAAGGGAAACCAUCAGUGAAGUGGAGAGAAUGGAUCAAAUGGAAGACUUAAAGAUAAGUCGUAAUUUUCAAGGAGAAAGAAAUUUCAUUUCAUUUCAAUAAAAUUGAUUGUGGCAUAAAAAUUUCCUCAGCUGAGUUGUAAUUCGUCAGCUUCCCCGGUUUUUUAUACUAGUUCUUUGAAGAACAUUGACACAGACUGCAAAAUUUUUUUUUUUUCAAUUCUGGAGUUAGUGAUAACAAUUGAUGACAUGUCAUGUGAUACCUAUUAUGCUCACCUGCCUAUUAAAACAUAGUGUUAUUGAUUUAAAAAAACAAAUAAAAUAAAAUAAAAUAUCAUACCUGUGCUUAUACUACAGCUACAUUUUUUUUUAUCAAUUCAUGAUUGUUUUGUUUUCAUUUUUUUUUCCUCACUACGGGUAAUUUAUUACUCUGCCAAAUAAUUAUAUAGCUUUAAUAAAUAAUAUAUGAUGAUGACACUGAUUAUUAUUAUGAUACAGCCACCAAAUGGUCUAGUUUGGAGUUUAAAUGCUAUAAAAUUAAUUAAGAACAGGACUCCAUAUCACCAGCAUAUCCAUACUUAAGCUUGUCCAAUUAGGAAAAUAUUUCAGUUAAUAAAUUUAAACAAGAUUUGGCUUCAUUCAACUUUGGAGCUCAUCUGAAAUUUUUGGUUUAAUUUUUUCGUACUUGGACAACAUGGAGCCUACCAUAUAUAUAAGACAUACAAAGAUUCCAAGGCAUCUUUAUAUUUAUGUCACUAAAGCAUAUUAUAAGAUGGAUCAUUUUCCCUUAACUCGCCUUAACUCGCACAAACUCGCAACUGAUAGGCGAGCUCAAUUUUUCCUUAUCUCGCCUUAACUCGCCUAAACUCGCAUUAGCUCGCACAAUCUCGCGGCGAGUUAAGGUCCCAGAGUAGGCCUAUCAACUCUCCUCGCAUUCGCAAAUAAAGCCGCAAGGGGAAAUUUGGACACUUUCCAUCAAUAGAACAACUCUUCUUCUUUCACUAGAAGAUACUUUCAAAGCAAUAUCAAGACUCGUUGAACUAACAUAAUUCAAAAACGAAGAACAGGUUUUAACGGUGACAAAAACUUUAAUUUAGUAGUUGUUUUCUGCGGCAUUAUUCUUCAUGUCGUAUAACUCCAAAUUUUCCCAGUCCUCGUUUAUUCACACAUUUAGACAUUCAACUAAAGCAUACCUGAGAAUUGGCUUGGGUUCUUUAAGUCAGCCUCCAAACGAAAGCAUCGAAGUCCGGUAAAUAUAGUAAAUCGUGACCAAAAUAACUUAUUUAACGGCUCCAAGUUUCCUCCAUUGUAAUGUAACAAGACGAAAUAUCUUCCUGUUCCGUCAUCCUUAGCGAAUUACCAUUGUUAAGGUCCCUAUUUUUCGAUAAAAAGUGAGUACCAGAAUGCUAGCGCGUUUGAUUUUUUCUUUUUCAAAAUACCGGUCGUACUGUCGGCAUCGAAAAUGUUACUCCUUCAAGAAUUGCGUUGUAUUACUACGCACGCCGUGAUCCGUGACUGUCAUUUUGACCGCUCCGUCUCUUCGAACGUACGUUAUGUCACGUGCAGUCACGGAACAGUUUGUCACGCAGAGUCGCCGGCUGGUAGAGUUCACUGUUUCAAAAUGGCUAAAAUUUAUGGUCGACCAUUUGUUUCAAAACAAGAAGACGCCCGAAGGCGUUUACGCGGGAUGUGUUGGUGUAAGAAAGAAUUGCCGUUAUGUUGAACGGCAAUGGAAAAUUGAGUAGUGUAUGCAACAAAUGUGUGCAGGAGAGACGGAGAUGUUCUGUUAAGGACUAAUACACUAGAAGAUGAGUUACACACAAGGGUUCCUUUGCUACUCAAAACAAAACUUACAUCAAUAUUACCACCAUAUAUGUUAAGAGUAUGGGAUAGUUCACUAAAAUUUGCAUUCCUUUACUAAUGUCCUCAAAAAAGGCACUUCCACAUUCAACAAUAACAUGUAAUGUAUCAUACUUCCAAUAACUACAGGGCUGCAAGGCUGUGCUCUAGGGAAGAUUUCAGAGAGCCCUUCGGACUCCCCAAGCAUUUUUAGCUGGGGUGCCCGGGCCUCCAAGUUGGUCGCCCAACUUAGUCACUUUCUAUUUAUUUAUCUACCUUAUCAAUCCUUUAAAUAGGUCAUCAAAAAAUGAAUUGACCCAUUUUUUGAUAAAUUGUCAGAAUGAAGAGCACUUUACUUUUCACCUACAGCACAAAUAUCCUGGUACGUUUGCUAACCAUAAAUAUGAACAACUCUCUUACCCAAAGAGUAUAUGUAUUGUGCCAUUUCUUAUUAAAGCUCUUUUCGGUUUAUGUUUGACAAUGAUGCUUAGCUCGUGUUGUGUUACGAAAAAUAUGGAGAUGUCUUUGUUAUUUUUAUUGUUUGUUGGAGCUAUUUCCCUCCUUUGAAUUUUAUCUCCGAUAGACGUCACUUUGCUCUUUAACGGUCUCGGUAUUUUCGACUACAUAAGCCGUGCUUGUUGAAGUAAAAGCGUGCACAGUCACUGUACGGUUGAUGUACUGCAUCGAUGAAUUAUUGAACUGACAAUAUGAACACCCCGAUCACAAACAAGCAACUAAGAGAAAUCUCACACCUAGAAUAUUUAUUUAUUUCAAGACAAGUCGUGGAAAUCGCCUGUUAAUUCAUGGAGAGCUUUGUCAACGCACGUUAAAACAGGACGUACUGAAGCAAAGACCUUCCUCGCUAGCUUCUUAGGACGUUUGUGUGGACUGCGUUGCUAUCGUAAGUCUAGUUAACUCAUAAUCGGCGGGCAAAACACUCUCUUUGACUUAACAAGAGAUAUAUUUGGAAUAGUAAAACGAAAAUCGUAAAUAGACCGACACAGCAAAGGUACAGAAAGUUUUAUCGGCAGAACAAAUCGCUUUCCGCUGCUGUUCAACUGUCACGUCCUUGUUGAACUGAUAGCAUCACGUGCGUUCGGAAGCUUGAUAAUAUAGUAUGAAGCGAUGCAUCAUGGGAUAUAUGAAAUUCCCCCCUUUCUCUUACCCCAAAAAUCCGAAAAUGUGCGGCCCCAUUCUAGUAACUCUUUUGAAAAUGCAACCCCAUUAUAGUCAAUCCAGUCGUGAAAAUGCGACCCUAUCCACCGGCAUUUCUCCCCAUUAGCCUCUUAUAAGGAAGUGCCCCUCCCCCCCCGGGCCGCCCCAAAACUAUUCUCUCUUUUGGAUAGAUCAUCUUGUUGUAAAGUCGUCGUUUACGCGCAUAAACGGAAGUAUUUUCUUUCUAUAUUAUCGGUGAAAUGUUCAGGACAAAUGUGGAUUCGGUUAGCUUUCCGGUAUUUAUUUUUAGUACGUAAUACGUAAUGCCUUGUCACGACACGAAAGACAAUGCGGGAUUUUAUAGAUUUAUACCCCCUUUAUACCCGAUUCUAGAACAAUCACAAGAAUAGUCGUCUCUUUUCUUUUUUAUACAUCGUAUUUUACUGGAAUAACAAUCUUAGUUAUGUUUUAGCCUCGCAGACACAGCAGUAAAAAUAUUUAACUAACAGAAAAGACCGACUCCCGUGCUUCUUCAGCGAUUUUUCAAAAAAAAAAAAAAACUAUUGUUUUGCGUCGCCUACCGUGCUUUACGCCUGUCCGAGCAAAAGUAACAAUUUGUUUAGAAAACUAACUGAUGAAUCAUCCUAAUUUUGAAGGAAAAAUUUCAAUGUUACUAUCACUGUGCAGCUUGUCACGUUCAUAGUCAAGGAUUAUGUUACAUGUGAAUUCACGUGAAACGACCUUUGAACAUCAAUACAACGCGUGCCUGCUGCCCGAUUUAACAACAUUUUCUUAAAGCUUUUUGAUAGACAUGCUACUUGUUGCUACUUACAAGUCGACUUCAAGAGUUUCGUAGCGAGCUGAGCGUUCUUUUUAAGCCGUGAAGCCACCGAGCGAGCUACGAUUUCGCAAGAAAUAAAUUCUAGACAUUCUUAGCUGUUUGACUGUAAAUCAACAUAAAAGAAACCAACACCAGCAAGUCGCCCGGCUGGGCCACCUAGACAAUAUUUUCAGUCGCCCGAGGCCAAGUCUUGCCGUGCGCCGUUAGAUCUAGUGCACAGCCUUCACUCGUCGUCCUCCUAGAGCUACGCUGUAAUCUUACUUUUCCCUUCUUUGUUUUCUGCUUGUGCAAUCCAACCUGACUUGCACGUGAUUCGAAGUUGCAGCCAAUAAAAAUCACACAAUUUUUCCGGGACGGGCUCGGGAUACGGGAAAGUUAAAAAAACAAGGCAAUUUUUGACUCCCAAGACGACGAAAGGAAUGCGCUACCGAAUUUUUAACGCUGGCUGACGACGUCAUCCCGCGUAAUUAUGACACGAUAUACGUGCGGUUUUUUCCCACGUAUACUUGCAAUCAUUCCUGCUACACGAUAUACGUGCGUUUUUUUGUCACGUAUACUUGCGUUUUAUUCCAAAGUAUAUGACCAUUUUCUUACAAACGCGCAUAAAACAAGCAUGUGGUAUGUGGGGUCACAGAAGGUCGUCGUAUAAGAUGCACCGAAUUAUACCGUCAGCAAAAAAACCCCUUCAUGUACGAUGGGGCUGAAAAGUAACUUCAGUUUGAAUCAAGCAUGGCCGCAAUGCCCGCGUUAAUUUCGAGCAAGAUUUGGUUCUUAUUCAUUGCCCUUACAGUAGUGGUGGUUGUUGGCUCCCCGACAACGGAUUUGUUGGAAUCCGUGGAUUGUCUCUUGACAGACUGUGUACGCUAUUUCACAAAUGCUGACCGAAACAACGAUCGAUUCAGUUAGAAAUUAGCGUCCGACAGGCAAAACACGACUCAUAAGCUCUUGAUAAUGUGAAACAUGACCUUGAGAGUCUGCUUGAACAGAUUGGUUUUUCUUCUUUUCUCUCUCGCGCGCGAAUUAUCACCUUUCGCCUCCAAGAACACGUUCUAAGCCUUCUAGUCUCGACACAGGUAACCCAGGCUCUGUGAUAAUACCACUGUACGGUUCCAGUUAAAUUACAGUGUUUGUAUGGGGUAAAAAUAUCAUCCUAAAAUUUCUAGGAAAUACUAAAUAAAGAUCAAUAAAACUUACUCUGCAGUUAAUUGUUGUUGUCCUUAUUGCUCCAACGAAGUUUCGUGAUAAUUUGCAGCAAUUUGUUUAAAUUCACUCUAUCUACAAUAAUAUUAUACAAGGUAGGAAACACGAGGUGCCAUUUUCGCCGACAUGCUCUCAUUCAACACAACUUUUUCAAAGAAAUUCGAACUCCAACGUAAAAUAAACAUGCUAGGAUCGUAGAAAUAGGAUAGCAGCAGAUAUAGAAACCAAUGAAACUUUCCCAGAUAGAGAAAUGAAUCCCACAGACUUUGACAAACUCGAAGAAUAUAAUCCAAACAGACCGAGAAUACGCUCGCCGAAACAGCCGGGCCAGAUCAACGCGCGGCCAAGAAAAUGAGGCCUGGGCACUGUACAAAAAAAAAUCAUCCCGGGAGUCCUGAGGUGACCUUUCUGGGCACCGAUACAUCAUUUGCCCAAAGCCACCCUACCCUGCUGAAAAAAUACUUAGUAGAAGGCAAUUGUUCUUCCUAGCCGUACCACCCUGGCCUGUUAUAAAGAGAUUAUGUACCUCUAGAACUAUAUUCAGCGCCUGGCGCUGGUCCUCAGAAAGUUUAUCAAACAUCGAUAGGGCAAGGUUAUAAGGGCAAAGGAAAGAACAACGGAGGAGGAUUUGCAAAACUUAAAACGAGCAAAAGAUAUAAGUGAAUUUUGGCUCUUACCGAGGCAUUUGUACAACAGGACCAAAUUCAAAGAGAGGUGUAUCACGAUGAUUCACAUAUUUAACCGAUAGAGCGUUCACUUGUAUUGACAAGAAGUCGGCGUGUCACUGCCGCAUUAAUCGCUAAAUAUGUUAAUCGCGCUAGUUCUUUGUUUACUGGUGCACGUGCCUUUCACAUUCGUCUCAGUUACACUCUUUUUUUUAUAUAAGAAUAUAUUUUAUAAGAAUAUCGAGGCUGAAAUUUGCGAAAUAUUAAAAUAUUUUAAGAAUAAAGCUAAGGCUGAGAUUUUGAAAAGGAUAGAUAUAAUUUUGUGUGUUGAAACGUCUGUAAAUACAAUACAAUUUUAUGUUUUUCACUUAACCGUAUAAAAUUAUUCCUUUCUCUGAACGGCGAAACUAGCCAACAAAACGAAAAAACCUGCACUAGCUACAGCAAAAUGUUCGACUCUAAUGACAGUUCGAUGAACGGUACAUGUAAUAUAUAUUCAUAUACCCCAAUAAAGUCUGAAACGGAAAUGUCAUAAGGUAUAAUUUAAGAAUAAUACAAGAAUAUUUUCAGCCUAAAAUCGGCGGAAAAAUAAGAAUAUUCAGCCUGGGCCGGAAAAACAACAUUCUUAUAUAAAAAAAAAAGAGUGUAUCGCAAUUCAUAUUCUGUCGCAAUUUUCUGUAUAAUUUUUGACAUUAGUUUGUAAGCUUCACCGUCUAUUUACGAUAGUUUCGCUGGAGAGUUCACAGCAACAGUAUCUCAGUCCUCAUCUACCUUUUGUUCAACCUUGUUUUUAGCCCGCCUUGCAGGUAUUUCGCGUUGUUAUUUCAUUAGUUUCAUUACUGUUAUUUGCAUUCCUUAGUAAAAGAAAUGGGGCGCCUUGUAACACCGCAGACUCUCCUGAUUAUAUUAAUUUUUUUUUAGCAAUUUAAAUUUAGGCGCGUGUGCGGGGUUUGCUCUGGCAAAUAGUGUUGGCUAGGAAGAACAAUCGCCUUCUACUAAGUAGUUUUUCAGCAGAGUAGGGUGGCUUUGGGCAAAUGAUGUAUCGGUGCCCAGAAAGGUCACCUCAGGACUCCCGGGAUGAUUUUUUUUUGUACAGUGCCCAGGCCUCAUUUUCUUGGCAGCGCGUUGAUCUGGCCCGGCUGCUUCGGCGAGCGUAUUCUCGGUCUGUUUGGAUUAUAUUCUUAGAGUUUGUCAAAGUCUGUGGGAUUCGUUUCUCUAUCUGGGAAAGUUUCAUUGGUUUCUAUAUCUGCUGCUAUCCUAUUUCUACGAUCCUAGCAUGUUUAUUUUCCGUUGGAGUUCGAAUUUCUUCGAAAAAGUUGUGUUGAAUGAGAGCAUAUCGGCGAAAAUGGCACCUCGUGUUUCCUACCUUGUAUAUUAUUAUUGUAGAUAGAGUGAAUUAAAACAAAUUACUGCAAAUUAUCACGAAACUUCGUUGGAGGAAUAAGGACAACAACAAUUAACUGCAGAGUAAGUUUUAUUGAUCUUUAUUUAGUAUUUCCUAGAAAUUUUAGGAUGAUAUUUUUACCCCAUACAAACAAUGUAACUUUACUGGAACCGUACAGUGGUACUAUCACAGAGCCUGGGUUACCUGUGGUCUCGAAGCUUUUUAUUAUUUCCCUGGUAUUGUCACUGUGAAAUUAUCGGAAGGUGGACGGAGAGAAAGGAAUCACGAGGAGGUGAAAUUAACACUAAAAGUACCAAUAGAUUGAGCAAGAGCAAGUUGAACGUAUUUUACAGGGAGUCCAUAGAAUUUGCUAUUAGUUAUUUGGAAGGAUAGCUUAUGUACACAAUUACCGCCGGCCUACCAUGAAAAUUCCUGAACUUCGAUGGUGCCUUACAGAGAUUUCCUUCAAUAACCCAAGCCAAUUCCCAGGUAUGUUUUAAAUGAAUGUCUAAAUGUGUGAUUUUAAUAACAAGAAGAAAAUUUGGAGUUAUACCACAUGUUAAAUAUUGCUGUCGAAAAUGAGUAACGAACUUAAGUUUUUGUUAUCCUGAAAACCUAUCCCUCAUUUUUCAAUUAUUUCAGUACGACGAGCUUCGCUAUUGCCCUGAAAGUAUCUUCUAGUGGAAGAAAAAGAAUUUUUCUGCUCAUGGAAAGUGUCCAAAUUUCUCCAUGCGGCUUCGUUUGCGAACGCGAGGAAAGUUAAUGUUAGCGAAUUUCAGGUUAAAAACUACGGCAGUCUGAGACUCCGACAUCGAAAACGGAUCCUCUAAUUUUUCUCACAUAUAAAAGACUUUUGGCAGGAACAAUCUAGUUUAGGUUUCUUAUCUACCUAAAAGCUAACUAUGAACAAAAAAUGAAAGAAAUUGAUUUUUCAACUCUUGCCACGAAAUUAAGAUUUUGCUCGAUUUUUCCUGACCGUCGCUCUUAAACUUCGACGACGAAUUUGCUGAGCCAAUAAUUACGUUCGUCUCUGUCAGUGAUAUUAAAAAUCUCAGGAUUGGGGAACUGUCUCACUGUCUCCAAUGACUUGGAUCAAAUCAUUGCGUUCCUCCGCCCAUUCAGACCAGACACGGACUGCCCGCGAUGUGUUUAUUCGUGUAUUUUGCGGUAUUCGAGAUGCCUUCCUCUUUUCAAGUUCUUCAUCGUCAACAAUAACAAUCAUUAGCUAAUCAUUCUACGCUCUGCUGAAGUUUUCCGUGGGUCUGUCUUUCCUUCCCAUGCUAAAAUUAGGUUCUAAUACUUCUUGCGAAAAACAAUUUUGUGUCAGAAAAAGCUCUUCGCCGCUGUCCAUGAACUCCAUGAUAACACGAAAGCAUGGACCAGCCCACUAAAUAAUCGAACACGCCGAUAAAAUGGUCAAAACAACAACAAAGAAACCAAAAAAUACAAAGCAAACUUCCUUGAGGACGCCACAAAACGUUAUUCAAAACCUUGUCAAAAUCUCACAAUUUUGUAGAUAGGUGAGGUAACAUGCGGCGGGUCACCCCACCUAUCACGUAAACGUGAUCGAUUAAAAUGAGAGAUUAUAUGGACAGGCGGGUUACCCCACCUAAGCGAGUCAGCUCACCUACCUGGGGUCCCCCACCUCCAUGUAAAGAGGCCCUAACUCUCGUAAAAACGAUUGCUUCUAUCAGGAAAAAGUGCGCAUGAGAAUACAGUUACCGUACGGGUUGUCCCACCGUGCAGAUAUCAAUGUUGAAAUCAGUCGUGUAUGUAAGGUCCUUUUCUUCUGGAAGACCUACAUUGAAUGGAAAGACCGUCGCUUGCAUAACUCUCCAACAUACAUAUUUUAAUGCAUUUGAAAAAGUUGCUUGUUACCCAGUUUAUUAAACGUUUUAAAACAUUUUUCAGGGCACAUCCGGCAAAGACAAAAAAGAUGCAAAAACGGGCAUCCCAACUGAAUUAAAUAUCGACCCUACUUUGCCUCCGAAGGAAUUUACAGAUCAUCUUGUUCAACUUCUGAAAGGUUUAAAUCUUCAGAGUGAUGCCACAUCAAUUGAACAUGACAUCACCCUUGAUCUCUGGGACUUCGCUGGUCAACAUCUUUACUAUGCGUCGUACCCAGUUUUUUUAUCGACACGAGCAGUUUAUAUGUUGGUGUAUGAUCUCAGCAAAGGAUUAAAGGAAACUGCUCAGCCAUGUUUCCGACAAGGAACUUUGAAACUUCAUCUCACUAAUCCAAACAAGGAAACGAAUAUGGAACAUUUAUUAUCGUGGCUAGUUUCCAUCAGUAAUAUGCAUUUAUUACAACAACCAGAAGUGAAUGAAGGGGAAAACCUGCCCUAUGUUCGCCCUCCAGUAUUCAUUGUGGGAACACAUGCGGAUAAACCACAUCAGGAUGUCAAGGAGAUUGAAUUGCAGAUUCAGAGGAAGAUAGUUGGUAAGGACUUCGAUUGUCACGUGAUUCGCCCUUUCUUCUCGGUCGAUAAUACGCAAGGAUCAUCUGAUGAGGGAGUAAUCGAACUUCAGAAACGAUUGAUUGAAGUUUUGGGGCAGGAGCCAUACAUGGGUGAGGAGAGACCAGUACGGUAAGUUGAAAGAGAAACGCUGAAUUGGUAACUGCGGGUCAGGCCCUAGUUGUUUAAAAGGUGGAUAGCGCUAUCCACUGGUUAAAUCUCUGUCCACCGGAUAGCGCAAUUGUUUUCUCCAAUAUUUUUCCACUGGAUAGUGAUUUAUCCUUUGGAUAGUGCUAUCCAACGUUUGAACAACCCCAGGCCUGGUGAAUAUUAUUCCAUACUGAACAGUUGAGGACUCUAAAAAGUUUAGCAGAAGCUCAUAACUUAAACAAAAGGAGAGAUUCGCUGAGGCAUAAAAUGCUAAAUGGAACAGAAAAUUAUUGAAUGGUCAUUAUCACGGUUGAGCGGUAGAAGGGGGCGUCUUUGGUCUGGAACACCACGGGACCCACUCGAGACACCGGGAGGUACCCCAUAAUAGACCCGGACAGACGCAGACCCCCACGGAAAAACCUAAAUUUCAAAAAAAGCCAAAUAUAGAACGUCCAUGUAAAAACUAGAAAGCUAACAUUUCGUCAAUGAAUCAAUAAAUAUGUUUUGACUGUAACCGGAAAAAGGGAGAUUUUAUUAAAUUGACGAAUUCACUCUACUUAGAAGAGUAAUAAUGGGGAGUAAUGGUAUUCACCCUCCGAGGAUCAUAUCCUGGGUCGAUGCCAUAAGUGGGUUCAGUUUGCAGUUACUUCUCUUCCUUGCUCCGAAAGGUUUUUUGGCCGGAUACUCUGGUUUCCCCUUUAGUCCCCUUUCCUAACAAAUUAAUUUUAAUGAUUUCUUAUGCAACAGAUUGAGGAAAUUUUUGAGAUGAAACUUUCAUCAAAACCGAGUUUGUUUUCCGAUGAAAUCUGUUUUGCCAUUUAUUCGGAAAUUACACCCUCUGAGGUAUUUUUAAAUAAGUCCUUUUUAUUCUCCGUCUUAUCGUUUUCCACUCCUUUUCCUCCGCUCAGGUUACGUCAUUCUCUAAAAUAAUGAAUACCUUACCCUACUUGCAGUAGUAUGUUUUACGUUAACUCAAACUUCAAACUCUAUAAACUUAUUUUGGCUUUAUGCGCUGAAUAGGCUUCCUACCUUAUUUGGCCUGUUAUGUUAGCUUGGAUUUUUUCACAAACACCUAAGUUGUGCCUUAAGCAAUAGCUUUACGCUGUAUGUCUAUAUUUGCUUUCCAGGUGGUUCAACUUCGAGAAAGUUGUCCAAAUUCUGGUUUCCAAAGGAGUGCACUAUUUAGACCUCGAAGAACUUCAAGAGAUUGUGCAGAAAGUGUGUUUCAUUGAAGAAGAGGAUGAAGCUGGCACUAUGUUGGAUUUCUAUCAUGACCUCGGCAUGAUUGUCAGACAUCGCAACACCAUUGUACUUCAAGCUCAAUGGCUUAUUGAGGUUUUUAAACAGCUCAUCACCAUUCGUUCCUUUAAUGACAUGGUAAGGAGCAAAAACUUCAAGUCCAUAAUCAUAGCCCUGUUUAGUUUAAUCCUCUGAAGUUCAAGCAAUUCCCUAACCCCACUGUGGUACACUCACUAAAGGGGAGCGGUUGGGGUGGGGGUAGGGGUGAGUUUAAAUAUGUGAAACGAUUUUUGCAUAAUGGGUUAUGAUUUUAAAGAAAAAAGAACGAAAACAUGAAUAGGAACCUGCCGACGGAUAUUAGUAAGGUAAAAACAGGCAAAAUGUUCAUAUAACGUUUUUUUUGGAAACUUGAGCAAACGCCUUGUUGUAGGUUUGAGCCAUUGACCGAAAGUCAAGCGACUAAGCCACGAUUCGAGCCCCAACGUGUCGAUGGUGUCGGAAGCUACCGUAAAAUUCCGAAAAUAAGCCCCUCUAAAUAUAAGCCCCCCAUAAUCGUAACGCAAAAAACCGUCCGGUAAAUCGCCCCUCCGAAUAUAAGCCCCCCGGCGGCUUGUACUCGGAAUUUGCCUUCAAAUACAAAGUAAAACAAGACGCUACGGAGCGUACACUUCGGCGUCGUUGUUGUGGAACUGAUUAGUUGUAAAUGCGGAGGAAUAGUAAGAAAUGAAAUAUGGUAAGAGUAAGGUGUUAAUUUGUAAAAUGACAGGAUUUGUCAGGAUAUUCUGAAAAGAGCAACAUCCAAAAGGCCUAAUUGCCAAAAACUAGCAUUUCCGGACAUAUUGUCUGUGAGAUAUUAGCCCAGUUAUGCCCUAUGACUCCAUACAAAUCCUUCUAAAUUUGACUUGGGUCUAAACGUUUAGUCUUAAGUCAAAUAUGAGGUUACUAGCGGUGAAUAACAAGUCUAACGAAACAAACAGUGAAAAAAGAAUUCUCUUUUUUUUUUAGUCACAUCAGGCUUCAAAAACAGCAUAGCAGUCUCAUGUACUGAUUAAAGAUAUGUAAGGCGUGGUUAAGGAGUCAAUUACGUUGAGCAUAGAAUGGGCUAAAACUCAAUGUUACGAGUUUGAAUGUUUUGAGGAUAAUUAUUCACUGACUAUCAGCACGCGGGGAUGUCGGAUUAACAGAAGGAAGUUUAAUACCAAAGCAACAUAGCCUUUACAGAGCUUUAAAACACGGCAUCCGCCAACACAAACUUGACUUGAACUUAAGUAGAACGAAACAGCCUCUGCAAAUAAUAACAAACUCUCACUUGAACUUCAGAUAUCUUAUGGCUUCCGCUAACACGUAAACACAGAACUUGAAAAUCGACCUUCGUCACACUUGACUAAACACAGCAGUCCAGCUCGUGGGAAAAAACUUAGGCCCGGUUCAGACGCCGCUCCACUCAUGUGUCAAACCUAACUGAUGAAUUAAGUACGGCAAAAGAGCGGCGUCUGAAUCAAUUUAGUACGGCAGUUUUAGUUUGGUGCGGCAAAAGCGUUAAGUUCGACAGAGUCUGUCGAACUUUUGUCGAACUUAACUUAGGCUCGACACACGGUGCGCCGUCUGAAUCAGAUGUCGCACCAGUGUCGCUCCAAAGUCGAACUUAUUCAGUUAGGUCCAGGCCUUAGUUCGUCAAAAGAACUCGCUUGGAACUUGUAUACCGUUUGACAUAAGGUUCUAUAAAAUACUAAACAGGGGAAUAGGAGUAGCUUUUCGACAUAUUUUAUGAUUUCAGUUGAUGAUGCAAAUCUGGUGACUCAUGCUGAAAUGUAAACCUGCCCUAAUUAAUUAUUCAUGAAUAAUCCAAAAAACGUAAAGAACGUUCGAGAAAGUCAUGCAACGCAUGAAAGCAAUUAUGCUACGUAACACGCAAAAAAGACAAAAUGUCUUUGUGCAGCAUUUUGUAACUUUAAAUUCAUCAUAAAACAGUUCGAAAGGAGGGCUCACUCGUGUAAUAUUUUUUAACACUGUACUCGAAGAGAAAUUUCGUGUCUCUGCGCGGGCACGUAAUAUCGUCUAUUUAUUCAUCGAGUAAAUUAAAGACUGAACUCCGAAUUUAAGCCCCUCCAAAAAUAUGCCCGUCAAAAAGGGCCUUUGAAAAAUAUAAGCCCCGGGCUUAUUUUCGGAAUUUUACGGUAUUUCAAAUGCGGUUUACUCCAUUCUUAACAUUUUUAGGACGGACCAAUUUUACCUUUUUACCUUUUCCAAUUCAUAGACGGCUUCAGCUUCUCCACUAUUACAAUCUAUAGCAGCAAUAUAGAUAAAUUUGCAUUACUGUUAUCUCAAGACAUAUCAGUGCUUUUUCUAACCUUAAACAUUUUAUUUUGCACCGUUUAUUUGUGUUGGACGUAGCUGCGUGCAUUGCAGUUUGUCGGUCGCUCAAUAUUGGUGCUGUUUCUAACAAUUAACUACUUAUGUUUUAUCCACUUUUAGUUGUUUUAUGUCUACAACACGCCCAUUUACACACACCCUCUCUCCCUUCUUUCUUACCCACUACUUCAGUUGAGACUUAGGAACCCUUUCAUUAGGGUUCCCAUACUUUAAACACCUGUAAUACCACAAAGGUUGCUGGGUGAAUGUACUGUUAUAAAAGUUUUUUUAACACAAAGCAAGGACAUAAUUAAUAAGAUGAAUUUCUAGCCACUUCAGAACACCUUAAUUUCAUACCCAGCUGCAGUAUGAUCGCGCUUCCAAGUGAGGAGUAGCUCCCUUUAGUAAAUAUUUUAAAGUAUUAUCUUAAGUUCCCUGCUAGCGGGGUCUCUCAAGGGGAGAAAAAAUUGAGAGAAUGGAAAGAGACCUCUUCCGGAUCCCGGUGAGUUGUUUAAUGUAGCCGCGCCGACAAGAUUUAUGGUUGAAACUGAUUGGUUUUCUCGUGUGGAAUGCGCGUGCCUGUUGAGACUGUGCGCUUGAAAUUUCUGAGCCAACAGUUUUUAUGGCCUUUCAUGAAAUCUGCGUUUUCAUAACUUUCGCAUUUCAAUCAGGCUAUAAAAACAUCCUUUUCUUAGCAAAGCGAUGAAAAUGUAAAAAAUAACAUCACCGCAAGAAAAAUCAUGCACACCUAAAAGGAUGUGAUAUUUUUGCGUAUUUUCCGAGGCGCAAACCGGUUCUGUAAGUUGUGUCGCACGUGACUACUAAAACGUCAUGUUUGUUAAGCAAAGCCAGCGCAUGUGCAUUUUCCGCUUCCCUUAUAGACCUGCUAGCAGCAACAAUCUUAAGGUUCUAAAUUUUAUGUGUAAUCUAUUUGUUAACGUUUAUCUUAUAUAUUUCUGGUCUUAUACAUAACUUUCACGUUUACCUUUGUCACAAUCUAUAAACAUUGAGGUUAACCCAUUGACAAUUGAUAGGCCCUGAGGAAACCACGAUUGCUCUCCCGCUUGUGAAGUCACCGCUGUCUACGUUGAAUGGUGAUCUUCGUGCAAUGAACACUCAAAGUUUUGCUUUUUGCUAAUUCCCCAAACAAACCAAAACGUUUGCAUAUUCGCGUCUGAAACGAACAACUUAGUUUCAGUUAAAAUUGAAAACAUAGUAUUGAAUAAUUUUCCUUUUUUGUCCAGGUCAGAUGGCGACUUCUUAUGCAAAUGUCUUGAAAUUCCAGUGAGUGCUAAGCCCAGCCAAUAGCUUUUAUGCUCUUGGGGCCCAAAAGAGAAAUAAAGAUUCUUUAAUUUUAAAUGAUUCUUUAUCAUGUUUUUUAUUUUAAUAACUUUAAUUCGGUCUAUUCGUUAUUGGUAGGAUCCAAAGCAUUCUAAACUGUGGAAAGAAAUGGAAGCAACAGGUGCUCUCAAAAUGGAACUUGUUGAUUACGUAUUUUCCAAGUUUUGUGAGGAAGACAGUGUCAAGGAAGAUAUACUGAACAUGAUGGAGCAGUUCGGAUUGAUCGUCAAGUUUGCCCCCUCACCCAAAGAUAAAAUGUACUUUGUACCCUGUCAACUUAAGACGCCACCUGGACGCAUUUGCAAAGUGGAGCCAUCGCCUUCAGAUCCGUGCCCACUGUACCUACGCUUUUUGGCAGGAUUUGUUCCUCGCGGUCUUUUCUGUCAGCUUAUGUCACAAUUAACAAGAUGGUGCUCUGAGAGUGGAUUCGAGCAGAAGCCACAUUUUUUCGAUGGAGCAUCUCGGUUUUUCAUUGAGAAGGAGCCCUUUCAUCAGUUAAUCCUUCUGUGCAAGAAAAGAGUCAUAAAGAUCAUCUUAAAGAAGCAAAAAAAGCAAGACUACCUUGAAGCAAACAAAGCACCAAUUCCUGAAAGUAACGACGUGGCAGUGGCUGUGCGAGAGUUUUUGGAAGAGGCAAUGCAGUCACUAAUACGGGGGUUGCCCUGUUGGAAUAACCUGGCGUAUGACUUCAGUAUCGCAUGUCCUGAAUGUAUGCAAGAGAGGGAAGAGUGUUCUGACCACGGUCAGGUCUGUUGUACUCACGAGGACUGUCUGUGCCUUCUAAGCAUUCUGAAAGGAGGGACACCUAGCCAGUGCCAAAACAGUCUUGAGACGCCGACACUACCUGGACUGAGAAAAUGGUUCUCUUUCAAAGGUAACUACAUU